AUGUCGGAUUUACGGACGCGUAGUUCUGCUUCGAAGCGAGCAUCCGCUACCAGCACAUCAAAAGCAGAGACGAAUGGACAUAGCCAUGAAGCAAAAGCACACACCAGCAAAGCGUCCUCACACCUUCAUUCUCACUCGCACAGUCAUGAUCACGAUGAUGAUGACGGUGAGCAUACCGAGGAAGCCUUGAUGCUACUCGAUGCAUUACGGGGAAAGGGUGAUGCUGGAAGUCGCGUUACUCUUAUGGGUCUGGGUGCCAAUGUCGGAUUGACUUUGCUCAAAGGUACAGCGGGCUGGUACCUGAAUAGCGCAGCACUCAUCGCAGACGCCGGCCACUCGCUGAGUGAUCUAGUGGCAGAUAUCGUCACUCUUGGCACUGUUAUUUUAUCCCAAAGGCCGCCGUCACCUUCGUACCCUCUCGGUUAUGGCAAAUUCGAAUCGUUGGCAGAGACACUCUCCUCCACUCUCUCAAAGCAUCCUCAAAUACCCCCAUUGCUGGUCAGCAUACUCUCGUACUUUGCGACGAGCGAUUCAGAUCAUGGUCAUGGUCACGGGCAUUCUCACUCUCACCAUGCACCAGCUGGGGAUGAAGAUUUGCUCUCUCCUUCAGCGGUGCUGUUCCCACUCUUUGGAAUGCUGGUCAAGGAGUACCUCUACCGCGUCACCAAACGAGUGGCAGAGGAGCAAAACUCGAGUGUCUUGCUGGCAAAUGCGCUCCACCACCGUUCAGAUGCUUAUGGUUCUAUCGUGACCGUUGUUGCGAUCCUGGGUAGUCUGGUAAUGAAAGACGUGCCUGUCGAUCCUAUGGGUGGAGCACUCUUUGAACUAACAGAUGCAUCAGUGGCACCCACCACCCUCCAGACAUAUCACUCUUUACUUGAGCCACUCCUUUCAACAACCAUCAAGUCAAUAGGACCGAUCCGGGCCGUUCGGUCUGGCUCUGCCGUAUUUGUAGAUGUCGACGUGGUCUUGAGAAAGGGCCUCACUGGAGUACAAGUAUAUGAAGCUGUAGAAAGCAUCAAGGAAAAGUUGAGGGACGAGCGAAAGGAGAUCAAGGCUGUGCGCGUAAGCUUUGCCGUGGACGGUUGA